GUGUGUAUGUGUACGUAAAAAUGACACUACCUUAUCAAAGCACUGUGGUAUCUAUAGGUCAGAAUGACCUGUUCACAAUCAAAGAUCCUAUCUUUGACACAUGCUUCUGUUUUACAAUUAAUGUAUAUAGCUGGCUAGCCAUUCAGAUACCUAUAUAAGAGAUCAUAAUGAUAUGAAUAUAAUGAAAUAUUUAAUACACCCUAGGUCUACUGAGAUUCGGACUACGUACGUGUGUAAGUAGGAGUCCUUUACAGACUGUGUAUAGACUGAUCGUGGAAACCCUGGCUGGCCUGUCCUGUCCGAUGUUAAAUCGACUAAGAACGUCGACAGAAAGGUGAGAUUUUAAAUGAGCAUUUAUCAGGAAAUGCUAAGAAGUUCCGACAGUGAAUUUGACAGUUUGACAUGUGUCGUCAAUGGCCAACAACGUGGACGAGACGAAGGGGAUACGAACCAUUAUCAUCGAGACGAGUUCGCGUGUUUACUAAAUAAUGUCGUCGCACCAAAAACAAUCGUCACCGUCAACGGGAUCAGUAGCCAACAUGUGUCUCAGAAUGACGUUAAUGCGAAAAUUCAAUGUGAUGAAAAUACCGACAUUGUACAAUGUCAGUCGGAACUACUACUCCGUGUGAGGAUAAAAAACUUCCAGAAGAAAAUCAAAUCCGAUCGAACAUUUCGACACAAGUUUCUCUAUAGCGUCUUCCUCAUCUGCUCCUUCUUCAUUCUGGGAUGGAUGCUAGGUCAGGUCGGACCAUGCCUUCUCGAUUUGAAAUUGAUCACAGAUGUCACUUUGGAAAUGGCCGCAUUCUAUGUGACGUCACUAUGUGCUGGGUACAUGGCAGGUUCACUGUUGAGUGGUCUUUUGUACGAUCGUCUUAACAAAUUUCUGCUGUUGUGGCUUUUCCUAGUCGGUUUGGCUGGAUCAGUCUCUCUCAUCCCGUGGUGUACCCACUACGUAGUCAUGCUGGCUGUGCAGUUCUUGGUAGGAAUCUUCCAGGGGUGCAUAGACACAGUGAGCUGUGCGGAGAUGGUAUCAAUAUGGAGUAAGAAGACUAGCCAGUCAUUCAUGCAGGCUCUCCAUUUUGGUUUUGCUACAGGUGGCAUCAUUUCUCCGCUUGUCACUGCACCGUUUCUAGCCCCUAAAAACUCCAAUAUUUCACCAACCAUCGAAUCUCUGAACUCUAGUAUUGAUCUGUUGACUUCACCGGUCCAAUAUCAGCUUUUACAUUCCACAAUUUUCAAAUACAGUAAUUUAUCUGAUAUGAUUUACAAUAAUUCAAGUUCGGAUUUUGUGAAUAAUGAAACGUCUUUCGAGACGGAAGAGUCAACAAAAUUGUUCUUAGAAUAUGGGGCAUCUCGCGUACACAUUGCAUUUGCGAUAUCUGGAGCAAUAUCAUUUUUGGUUUCACUACCAUUUUUUAUCAUGUUUUUGAGAAUACCGAGCGAUUUUAAUCGCCAUGGUGGUGAGGACCGUAAACGAUCCAACAAGCCAAUCCCUCUCGUAGUAAAGGUCUUAGUUCUGAUAAAUAUGAGUGCUCUGUCUGCGCUUUAUACGGGGCUAGAAGAAACUUUUGUUGAGUUCCUUUCAGCCUUCUGUGUAGAACAAGUAAAGUGGACAAAGACGCAGGGAUCUUUGGCCACUUCUCUUUAUUUCGGCUCAAUAGGUCUGGGGCAUUUCAUAAACAUAUUUACCGUAAGGAUAGUUGACCAUGUAAAAUUAAUGGGCGUGAACUGUUUUAUGUUAAUACUAGCUAUGAUUCUUAUAACUUUAAGCGCCGACAAUGUUUUUCAUGUCGGUGUAUGGAUUGCACCCCCUUUCGUUGGACUGUCUCUCUCCAUCAUAUAUCCCAUAAUAUUCACAUGGACAGAAGACGUGUUUAUACCCGUGACUGGGCGAAUCUCGUCCUUGUUUAUCCUGACUGGCGCUAUGGGUAGCAUGAUUAAUCCAGUUAUAUUGGGAGUCCUAAUGGACGAUCACAGCCCCAUGUGGUAUUGUUACCUCCUUCUCAUAGAGAGCAUUUUGCAGUUUGUAUUUUAUUUGUCUGGGUUAGCACUACAGCGGUUCGUCAAAACAAGAUUCCAUGAUGUAAAUAAAGUUACAAAGGAACUCCACAGCAAUUGUGAAAGAUUAAAAUCUUUUGACUGUUGA